AUGGUCCAUUGCGCCGGGUGUGAGAGGCCUAUUCUGGACAGGUUUUUACUCAACGUCCUGGACCGGGCAUGGCACGUCAAAUGCGUGCUGUGCUGCGAGUGUAAAUGUAAUUUAACAGAGAAAUGUUUUUCUCGGGAGGGAAAACUAUACUGCAAAAACGACUUCUUUAGGCGGUUUGGUACGAAGUGCGCGGGUUGUGCGCAGGGGAUCUCGCCGAACGACCUGGUUCGGAGGGCGAGGAGCAAGGUGUUCCACUUGAACUGUUUUACCUGCAUGAUGUGUAACAAACAGCUCUCUACCGGGGAGGAGCUCUAUAUCAUCGAUGAAAACAAAUUUGUUUGCAAAGAAGAUUACCUGAGCAACGGCAACGCGAAAGACGCCAGCCUUCUCUCAGUUACAGCAUGCAGUGACCCUAGUAUGUCUCCAGAUUCUCAAGAUCAGUUACAAGACGAUGUCAAGGACUCGGAAAUUGCUAACUUAUCGGACAAAGAAGGAGGUAACAACGAGAAUGACGACCAGAACCUUGGCGGAAAGCGACGUGGGCCACGAACCACCAUCAAAGCCAAACAACUGGAGACGCUAAAAGCCGCUUUCGCUGCGACCCCGAAACCCACUCGGCACAUCAGGGAGCAGCUCGCGCAGGAGACGGGACUGAACAUGCGCGUAAUUCAGGUAUGGUUCCAGAACCGGCGGUCCAAAGAGAGGCGGAUGAAGCAGUUGAGCGCGCUGGGCGCCCGGAGACACGCGUUCUUCCGGAGUCCAAGGAGGAUGAGGACGCUGGUGGAUCGACUGGAGCCGGGGGAACUCAUUCCAAACGGCCCGUUCUCCUACUACGGAGAUUACCAGGGAGAGUACUACGGUCCGGGGGCCAACUACGACUUCUUCCCACAGGGCCCCCCCUCAUCGCAGGCUCAGACCCCCGUCGACCUGCCCUUUGUGCCCUCGGCGGGCCCGACGGGGACCCCCCUGGGGGUCAUGGACCACCCCCUCCCGGGACACCAUCCCCCCAGCGAGGUGCAGCGGUUCUCAGACAUCAUGCCCCACCACCCGGGGGACUCCCCGAGCCCUGAACCCGGGAUCCCCGGGCCCCUGCACAGCCUGCCCGCCGAGGCCUUCAGGCCUGACCCCCCCUUUACCUCACUGUCCCUCAACAGCAGCGCGUACAGCGCACACCUCGCCCACCCCCCCUCGGACAUCAGCGAGGCCGCCGUCUGGUAG